AUGUCUGUUCCAAACCAACAGCGUUCUAUUAUUGUUAACCCUCCUCCACCUGAAUAUAUAAAUAACAAAAGUAGUGGUUGUCAAACAAACCAACUUCAGUACUUGCAGAGAGUGGUCAUGAAAGCCAUGUGGAGACACAACUUUUCCUGGCCAUUUCAUCUUCCUGUAGAUGCAGCAGCACUAAAUCUUCCUGAUUAUUACACUAUCAUAAAGAAACCCAUGGACUUGAGCACAAUUAAAAAGCGUCUGGAACACAAUUACUAUGCAAAAGCUGCAGAAUGCAUUGAAGACUUUAAAACUAUGUUCUUGAACUGCUAUAUAUAUAACAAGCCAGGUGAUGACAUUGUGUUUAUGGCACAAGAACUAGAAAAAGUGUUUUCACAGAAAAUAGCACAAAUGCCACCGGAAGAAAGAAUAGUGAUCCUCAACAAAGGGAAGAGAAAAGGAAAGAAGGCAGAAGAAAUUGAGCUGCCCAACCCUGGGACCUCUUCAACUAAACAAAACACAGUUCAGAAACAAGUUGAAAGCAGUGAGCAGCCUCCAGUGAUGACUCAAGAACUGCAGCAGGUUACAGUAGCUCCUUUGUCUACAGCUCACCUGACUGCUUUAAUGCCAGCUGCAGUCCCUACAACAAAAGCUAAAAAAGGUGUGAAAAGGAAGGCUGACACUACAACUCCUACUACUUCAAUAUUCACAGCAAGCAGUGAAUCUUCUGCAACAUUUAAUGAAAGAAAAACUGUUAAAACUUGCAGAGGAGAAAAUGAAUGUAUGAUACCAAAUAAGCUGCUGAAGAAGGUCUUGCCAGAUUCUGAAGAGUCACCUGAAAUUCUUAAAAAAGUUCAGUUAUCAGAACAGCUAAAACAUUGUAAGGAGAUUCUUAAAGAAAUGUUUUCAAAGAAGCAUGCAGCAUAUGCAUGGCCUUUUGUAAAACCUGUGGAUGUUGCAUCCUUCUCCCCUGGUGAGAACCAAGGGACCACUAAAUGCCCUAUAGACCUGGGAACCAUUAAAAAGAAAAUGGAUAACUCUGAAUAUAAAGAUACACAAGAAUUUGCCACAGAUGUUAGAUUAAUGUUCAUGAGCUGCUACAAACAUAAUUCUCCAGACCAUGAAGUAGUUGCUAUGGCAAGAAAGCUUCAGGAUGUUUUUGAGAUGCAUUUUGCCAAAAUUCCUGAUGAACCUGUUGCAAGUGUUCCUCUGUCACAGCCCACAAGAGAAGUGACAAAGACUUAUUCCAGUGAGAGCAGUAGUGAUGAAUCUUCUGAAGCAAAAUCAUCUGAAGACUCUGAAAAUGAAAGAACAAUGUGCCUUGCAAAGCUUCAGGAGCAACUUAAAGCUGUGCACCAGCAGUUGCGGGCUUUGACCAGAACAUCCCUACCUAGACUGAAAAAGAAAAAAGAGAAGGCUAAAAGAGAAAAAAGGAGGAACAAAGAAAAAGCUAAGAUAAAAAGAAUGAUUCAAAAGAAGAAAAAUCUAAAACACAAAUCUAAGAAAAAGCUGUCUUUAAACAUUCAAUCAAAGAAAACCAUGAAGCAUGUCUUGUUGGCACAUAAGUCAGAAGAUGGUGCCAAGCCAAUGAGUUAUGAUGAAAAAAGGCAGUUGAGUUUGGACAUAAAUAAACUCCCUGGAGAUAAGCUUGGGAAAGUAGUCCAUAUAAUACAGUCAAGAGAACCUUCACUGAGGCACUCUAAUCCUGAUGAAAUAGAAAUAGACUUUGAAACUUUACAGGCCUCAACACUCAGAGAACUAGAGAAAUAUGUGGCAACUUGUUUGAGGAAGAGACCGAGAAAGCAGCAUGCUAAAAAAACAAAGUCAAAAGAACAACUUAACUCUGAGAAGAAACAAGAACUAGAGAAGAGACUACUGGAUGUCAAUGGUCAGCUAAACCCAAAGAAGCAAAACUUCAAAUUUGAAAAUAAUGCUGAGCCUAGUAUUGGACCAAGCCGACUGAGUGACAGCAGCAACAGCAGCAGCUCCUCGGACUCUGGCAGCAGUACCAGCAGUACUUCUAGCUCCUCGGAGAGUAGCGACUCUGAAUCGGAGGUCUGCGCAAAACAGAAUGGAACCAGACAGAACUGUCCAAUUUCUAUGGAACAAGCUAAGAGAAUACCAUUGUCUUUACAGAGGACAUACUGCAAUGCUGUUUCAGAAGCACAGCCUUCAUCUGCUCUUACUAGCAGCUUGAAAAAUCGAGGAUCAUCUGAAAUACAGCAGCCAUCUCCCAAUGUACUACAGAGGCUUAAGCCUUUACAGAGUGGAUCAUUUAAAGCAUCAGAAAAAAAUACCCAGUCUCCCUCAGGUAUAAUCACAGCUUUAUCUGCUCUGCAUGAUGCUCCAGUCCAGCAAAUGCCUCAGAGUACAAGGACAAAUCAGCCUUUUGUCACACCAUUUAGUCGUGCUGUUCCAGAGGUGUCUGAUACAACUUCCCAGGCUGAUACUACUCCUUGGACUGACCAAGCUGAGAAAACAGUAAUAAACCCAGAUGAGUCAAGUAAACAUCAAAACAAUGAUAGUGAGAGAACCACUGACUCAAAAUCCAUAAGUCAAGAACAAAGUCAUUCUGACAGACCUAAUGAUGGUAAAACAACACUGGAGCCAAAAUCCCAAGCUCUUUCUAAAAAGAUAAUUGCCCUUUGCUCUCUUUUGUCUUCUAUAAAUAUUUCUCUGCAAGCCCCUAGAUGGGGCCAUGAAGGGGCGGGAUUGGGAACUACGGCAGUGAAAGCUUUUGAGGCACAAAAAGAAGACUGCAAGAGCAAACAACUGCCAGAAGCUCAACAACACUCUCUUGUACAAGACCGUAACUUGGCUAGAAAAAUGGAACAAGAACGUAGGAGGAGAGAGGCAAUGACUUGUACAAUUGAUAUGAAUUUGCAGAGUGAUAUUAUGGCAACUUUUGAAGAAAAUCUUGAAUGA